AAGUCUAUGUAUAUGUUGGUUAGGUAUACUGUUAGGUAUCUACUACGUCUAUCAUCUGUUCCGUUAAGCUAUGUUACUUAUGUCGUGUAUAUCUAUCUACAUAUCAUAGAAAAGGAACUAUCGCGUUCGUGCUUUACGAACAACAAAUGGCUAACGCAUUAGAUGCUGUUGAUUGGGAAGACCUUAGAAGGCAAGCAAGACAUUUAGAAAAUGAAAUUGAUGCUAAAUUGGUAGCAUUCAGCAAACUUGGUGUUAAUACUGGAGCUAAACUUGUUAACAGUGAUGAAGUACCUCUUUUGGAUGAAGAACAUGUCUUUGAAAAUAUGGCUUCUGAAAUAGAAACAUUACUUGCUAAAUUAUUUUCUAUAAAUGAAAAAAUGAGUAAAUUGCAACCAAAUGGUGCUGCAAUGUUACAUACAAUGCAACGUCAUAAAGACAUAUUAAAAGAUUAUAAAUUAGAAUUCAAUAAAAUUAGAAAUAAUUUUGCUGCAAGAAGAGAUAGAGAAGAUUUAUUAGGAAGUGUUCGUAAAGAAAUCGAUAAUUACAAAAAUGUGAGUGGAUUGAAUCGACGGGAAAUGUAUAUGAAAGAAAAUCAACAUAUUCACAAUUCGGAUCGUUUGCUUAAUGAUCAAAUAAGCAUAGCAAUGGAAACGCGCGAUCAUUUGAUGACGCAAAGACAAACAUUCAAACGUAUACAAACCAGAUUAAAUGACAUGUCAAAUCGAUUUCCAGCAGUAAAUAGUUUAGUGCAAAGGAUAAAUCUACGUAAAAGACGAGAUUCACUUAUUCUCGGCUUUAUUAUCGGAUUUUGCACAUUUCUCAUGUUACUCUAUGCUUUUCACUAAGUAAUAUUCUAUACCAAAGUACUUCCACCUAUAAGGAAUUAGUGAUUCAUCAAUGGGAAUGCAUACAUAGAUGAGGUAUUUGGUGAUAUAUUUACUAUAUAUGAUGAAUAGUAAACUAAAGGUGAAAAGCACCUUGAUUGUGCGUGAUUUAUGAGUAAGUGAACUCUGAAUGCUUGAAUGAAUGUUUUCUCGUUCUUACGAGUUAAAAAGAAAGUAAAAGAGAGAGAGAAAAAAAAA